CUAGGCAUGCAGACUGCUUCUACAAACAUUUGUGAAAGAAUGGGUCACUCUCAGGAGCUCAGUCAAUUCAAACAUGGUACCGUGAUAGGUUGCCACCUGUGCAAUAAGUACAUCCGUGAAAUUUUCUUGCUACUAAAUAUUCCAUGGUCAACUGUUAGUGGUAUUAUAACAAAGUGGAAGCAACUGGGAACAACAGCAACUCAGCCACGAAGUGAUGCAGUGGUGUAAAGCACGCCACCACUGGACUCAUGGUUCUCUGUCUGGAAAUCCGACGUGUCUGGGUUCGGCGGUUGCCAGGAGAAUGGAACUUGCCUGACUGCAUUGUGCUAAGUGUAA